GAUGAUGCACGGAAAAUACUUAGUGGAGCCCGCACUCAAUAAAGGUAAAACACAAAACUUAGGCGCUUUGUUGAAAAGUGCUGUAGCCAAAUGGUCAGCAAUAAGCAAAACUGGUGUGUUGAUAACAUUUUUCUUAUUUUGCUGAUCCCUUCUUCUAGGCCUUCUCUGCUGGUAUUUAGUAUCCAGAUCACUUCCGACCCCAAACAUGAGCUCAAGAGGGCGUGCACAUUUUGCCUAUCCUUUCUGGAAACAACUUUCCAAAAUUAUCCCCUUUUCUCCGUUUCUCCACAUCCCGCAACACCAUCUGUCCCCCAAAAGCUCUAGUCUCUUGCUCCGCACUGUGUCAGGAAGAAAGUGUGACUGCCCUAAUUUAAGCUAAAGUGUGAUUGACAGUCUGCCAGGGGCAUUGACCUGAAAUCAUAAUACCUGGAAGCAUUCUGGUCGCAGGUCUAAGGGGAGAGUUUUAAUGAGUACUUGAGGAAGCUGAGGGGUCCUUGGAGGGAUUUCUGAGUGAUUUUAGGUCCUGUCCAGCCUGCCUCCCCCAUUGAAAGUAGCCCUGGAAUGAGACUUUCUCAUCCCAGACCCUGAAUUUGGGGCACCUCGGAACCCCCAACAUGGUCAGCGACAUCCGAUAGGUGCAGGUUUCUGGGCUACUUUCCAGUGCUCAGAGAGGCGCGUGACUCGAGGGCGAGACUCAUCUUUGCUUUGUUAGGCGCUUCUAGAACCCGCACGGCAGCCUUUGAGGUCAUCGGACCCACCCUCUCUGCAGCUGAGGAAACUGUGGCUUAGCUUGAGGAAGUGACUCUCCCAAAGCCACAUGGCCAGGAAAUGGCAGGGCCCCUUGGCAGUUCUGACCCCAGGCCUGAGCCUCUUCCCUCGCCUUUGAUGUGCAUUUUCCACUGGCUUCGGCCAGGAGCCUGGGGCCCCCAGGCCUGGGAGGCCGAUUGGCCCAGCUGCAAACUGGGUCCCGUGGUGUUUCGGGCUGAGCCUCACAUCUAAGCAGAAUCGUCACCCCGCUCCCUUCCUCCAGACCCGGCACCAUUCACCAAGCCACUUGCAGCGCCCCCCCCCCGUCCCCUCCCCCGUUCUGCCAGCUUCUUUCUUGCCUGUGACUUUCCACUGGCUGUUCCCUCGGCUAGGAACUGCCUUCUCUGUCGUCUCCACCUGGCCGUCCAAAACUCCACCUGGCCACUGUUCAGAACUCAGCACUCGGGCUGCCUCCCUCACCUGCCCUCACCCGCUUGGCUGGAAGCCAUCACCCCCUCCCAGGUGUGGGUCCACAGUGGGAGUGGCCUUGGGGGGCGAGGCUGUGUCUCUUAGCUCCAUAGCCCAAUUCCCGGCACACAGUAGGUACUCAUUAAAUGUCAGAAUAUAAAUGAAUGACCAGUGAUCACGGUGGAAACCACUAAUGUUCUUUCUCAUGCCCCCUGUGUGCCAGGGGUGUUCUUACGGGGGUCUUUUACUGUUCCUGGUGGCCCUUUGAGGGUGGUAUUCUUAGACCCAUUUUACGGAUGUGGGCUCAGAGAAGUGGAGUCUGUUGCCCGAGCUCACACAGCCACACAGGAAGUGGCAGAGCUGGGAUUCGAACCCAGGCCUGCCUGAGUCCUCGAGUGCCCAGAGAUUUCAGGUCCUCACUUCGAUUCUGCAAAGAGGUGGGAGGGGACACGAAGGGUCAGAAGCACAGCAGGGGCGAGGCAGAGAAGGGCCGGGGUGGCCGGAGGCUGGCCGAGUGUCCGCCCAGCGUCUGAGUCUGCAUCUUCUGUAUUAGCCCCCGGUUGCAAAAUUGAGGGGGCUUGAGAGUAAACUGGGGAGGGGGCGGAUGUGUCAUUUGAGGUGACUGGAGGCGGGGGUGGCUCAGCUGGGUGGGGGUGGGCCCUCCCUGAAGAAUUGCCACUGAAGUCCGAUCGUCUGGGAGGGGUCAGGAGCGUGGGCCCAGGGUCAUAGUUCAUGUCCUCAGUCAUCCUGCCCCCUCCCGCCUCACCCUGUCUCUCCUCCGGCCCCCGAAGCCCCCUGUCAGGUUCUGGAACACCCCACACCCUCUCCCAUCUUGGGGUCUUUGCACUCUCUGUUCCCUCUGCCUGGAGCACCCUUCCCAUACCUCUUCACAAAUCCCGCUCAGAUCCAGGUCUCAGCUUAGAUGUCACCUCCUCUGAGAGGCCCUCUGACUGCCCUCCUUGUCUCCUGCUUGAUCCCCUUGUGGAGUCCUGCUCGUUGUUUGCCAGCUCUUAUUCCCGUCUGGCCGUAGCUUGUGUACCAUCCACUUCCACUUCCCCUUCUGGGACGUAAGCUUCUGAGGCCAGAGGCCUGGCUGUCAUCCACUCUCCUGUCCCCAGCCCUGAGCAUGUGCCUGGCACCUUUUAAUCUUUCCUAAGCACUUACCGAAUGAAGCCUGAAUGAGCAGACGGGGAUUCUGGAAGAAACCCAGAGCAGGCCGUUCUGUGCCUUCUCCUGGGAGCGUGUCCUGCAGGGGCAGAGCGCGGGCCUUCAGAGCGCACUCACCGGAGCCCCUGGCCUGCGCCUGAGUCUCAGAUCCCAGCCCGGCUGCUUCCCAGCUGGGCGAGUGCGACCCACCUCUCCAUGCCUCAGCUUCCUCCUCUCUACAGUAAUCAUUUCAGGGCCCCUACUCUGUGCCAGGCCCUGCUCAUCCAACCAGGGCACAUUCCAGAAAUGUUUAUCGAGCAGCUGGAGAUGCCAGCGCUGUGCUCAGGGCCGGGGAGACAGCCGAGAACAAAACAGGCGAAAGCUCAGUCCUUGCACAGCAUGUGCUGCUGAAGUCUGACUUCUGAUGUGAGCCCCGCGGGCCUCCCGCUGACCUGUCGCUGACGCAGGCGCGCCCCCUGAGGCCCAGCAUGCGCCUGUCUAUGCGGAGGGCGCUGCUGGCGGCCGGCUGCACCCUGGCCCUGGUGCUGGCCGUCCAGCUGGGGCAGCAGGUGCUGGAGUGCCGCGCGGUGCUGGAGGGGCCGCGGAGCCCCCGGCGGGCCAUGCGGCCGGAGCAGGAGGACCUGGUGAUGGUGGGCGCGGACCACGUGGAGUACCGCUAAGGCAAGGCCAUGCCGCUCAUCUUCGUGGGCGGUGUGCCCCGCAGCGGCACCACGCUGAUGCGCGCCAUGCUCGACGCCCACCCCGAGGUGCGCUGCGGCGAGGAGACGCGCAUCAUCCCGCGUGUGCUGGCCAUGCGCCAGGCCUGGUCCAAGUCAGGGCGGGAGAAGCUGCGGCUGGACGAGGCGGGCGUGACGGACGAGGUGCUGGACGCCGCCAUGCAGGCCUUCAUCCUGGAGGUGAUCGCCAAGCACGGCGAGCCGGCCCGCGUGCUCUGCAACAAGGACCCCUUCACGCUCAAGUCCUCCGUCUACCUGUCGCGCCUGUUCCCCAACUCCAAGGGUCCCAGGUAGACAAAGACCCUCCUAUUAGGAUAUUCCAAGGCUUAAAGGUCAUUUAGAGGUCAUCCCCCAGGAGCUGGUCAAGGGCCAGUCCUGUCUGGCAGGUGUACGUUGGAACUCUCCCACCUGCCAAGCUAACCCUUUACGGCCCAGCCCCCGAAUGCUGAGGGAUCCACUGGGCCCAGAACAAUUUUGCGUCUUCAAGGGUUCAGGUGUUCCACCCACACUCCCUGGCCUUACGCCUCAAGAUGCUAGUGAGGCUUCGGGAAGGCAGUGACUCAGUGUUUGGGGCACAGACUUUUGGAAUCAGGCCAACUUGCCAGCUGUGUGUCUUGAGCCCUCGUUUCUUUCUCCAUAGAAUGGGGAAGUUAAAACUUCACAGGUUUAUUGGGAGGAGCUGAUGCGUGCGUGGGCAGUGGUGCCUGGUGUGUGAUGAGCCUGCAGCUCGAGGUGGUUCUUGUCCCUCGUCUGGAGACCGCAGUGGGCUGGACAGUGGGUGGAGUGUGAGCACAGGAAGCUCGUGGUCACCACUCAUUGGGUAGCAGAGGACAGCCGGCCUCGUUCAUUGGUCCACUCACCCGCCGUUGCAUAACCAACCAGCCCAACACUUAGUGGCUUAAAACAGUUUAUUGUUAACUGGAGUGAACGGAGUGAUUCCAACGGCUGGUGGCUGGGACUCUGGUCAUGUGACGGCUUCUUCAUCCUCAUGUCUGGUGCCUGGGCUGGGCUGGUUGGAACAUCUAGAGGCUUGGCAGUCACAGAAUUGACUGUGACUUGACUUCUUAGGUGACGGCUAGCUUCCCAGGGCGAGUGUUGCAAGAGGCAGGGAGCAGCAGGACUGCCAGUCAGCUAAGGGACAUACCUGCAAUAGGGGCGGCAGCACUUCUGCUCAGAUUGUCCGAGUAGUCACAGGGCCCUCCCACAUUCAAGCAAGUGGAGAAAUAGGCUCCUCCUCUGGAUAGUGGAGCGGCAAGGUCACAAAGCAGAACGGCACGUGCGGCCGUCUUUGGAAAAUACAAUCAGCCACAGUUGUCUUAAAACUGAUUUAUCAGCCUCACCUGUAGAUCAUCGAAUAACGUGUGAAUUCAGCAAAUGUUCCCUUUCUUCAAUUAGGGUACAAAAUAAAGACGUUCCUUUCCUUUGCUAUUUAAAUUUCCGUGAUUCCAGGCCCCGCAAAAGGCUGGGUAAUCAAAAUCCCAGGCUUCUUGGGGGGUUUCCCCAGCCUCUGCCUCGGGACCGGGGAGGUUCUUCCCACUGAUGGAGCUACUCCAGGUCCCCCGAAGCCCUAAAUCUGGGCCUAGAACCAGGAGGGCAUCUCUCAGCCGCCCCGCCCCCCCUCGUCCCCUCAUCCUCCUUCUCUGUCCUAAAGGAACACAUUUCAGGAUGUUUAACUUCGAGAAUUCCAUUCCUUCAGGUGAAAGACCUAGCUCCACCCUCCAGGGCGUGCUCUUGACCACAGGGCCCUACUCCAACUUCAGUGCUUUCCCAAGUCUGGAUUCUUCUGAUCUGACCUUGUUUCCAUGGUUACAGCCCGUGUUUUAAAUGGGUUGUUGGUUAACUUUAUAUUUUGAAAUAAUACACUCAUGAAGUUGCAAAAGCCGUCCCAAAGACUCCCAUGUCCCCUUCAUGCAGUUGCCCCCAACGCUGCCAUGUCACACAGCUGUAGUACGACAUCAGAACCGGGAACUGACGUUAGUACAAUGCAUUAACUGGACCGCACACCACAGACCUUAUUCAGUUUUCACCAUUUUUUGCAUGUGUUUAUU